CCCGUCCAAGCAUUAAACCGGCUCCCUGCGGUUCCCAAUUGACCAGAAAAGUGGUGGGUGGGACUGAAACCUCUCCGGAAGAGUUUCCUUGGCAAGUCUAUCUGAUCAUAAAAAUUGGCGAUGAACGCACUUCAUGUGGAGGCACCUUAAUCCAUGAUCAAUGGAUAAUGACGGCUGCGCACUGUAUGACCAAUGCUUGGUUUGUUCAUGUGUUUAUUGGUUGUGAUUCACCCGAAGACCUGCAUGGCUGCGAUCAAACCUACUCGAUCUUUGAUCCCCAAUUCAUGAUCUCGCAUGAAAAUUACCAAGACGAUAAUCUCUUUGCCGGCAACGAUAUUGCUUUGUUACGGCUCUCUACGCCCGUUGUACUGAAUGAUCGGGCAGGUCUUGUCUGCUUACCAAACGUCCCAAGACCAGCGGAUUUGGGUGCCAUCGAGGUGGCUGGCUGGGAACAAGUUUGCAAGGGUUGUGCAUCAAGUCCCGCCUUGAAGACGGCAACGAUGCUUCUUUUGGAUUGGACGUCCUGCCAAACGGGUUGGAUUCCCAGUAAUCCCUCGGCUUUAUCGGAGAAGAUUCUCUGCACCACAAAUGCCACGGGACAAGUUUAUUUCGGCGAUUCGGGUGGGUUUGGUGGUUGGCGACGAGAUGAUGGACGUUAUGAACAGCUGGGUGUGGUUUCGUUUGGAUUGGAAACCCCUUUCAACCCUGAACGACCGGUGGUCUUUACCCGCGUUUAUGAUUUUUUGACCUGGAUGUACCAAACUAUGCUUACUUCCAAGCAAUGAGGAAUUGAUAUGCAAGAUUCUGAAUGGGGAUUUAUCGAUCAAAUUAGUGUUCGAAUAAAACAGUUCAUUCCUGGA